CCGUAUCCAGAACUGAUGCCCAUUGUUUUCUUCUGCCUCAAACAGACCACUUUUCCUCGCAGCUGGUGCAUCCGCAUGGUGUCCAGCCCAUGGUUCGAGCGGGUCAGUAUGCUGGUCAUCCUCCUCAACUGUGUGACUUUAGGCAUGUAUCAGCCCUGUGAAAACAUCAACUGCUCAUCUGAGCGCUGUCAGGUCCUGCAGGCCUUCGACGCCUUCAUCUACAUCUUCUUUGCGCUGGAGAUGGUGGUGAAGAUGCUGGCUCUGGGCAUCUUUGGGGAGCGCUGCUAUCUGGGAGACACCUGGAACAGACUGGACUUCUUCAUCGUGAUGGCAGGGGUGGUGGAGUAUUCACUGGAUCUGCAGGACAUCAACCUGACGGCGAUUCGGACUGUGCGAGUCCUGCGGCCGCUCAAAGCCAUCAACAGAGUCCCCAGCAUGAGGAUCCUGGUGAAUCUGCUGCUGGACACGCUGCCCAUGCUGGGGAAUGUGCUGCUGCUCUGCUUCUUCGUCUUCUUCAUCUUCGGCAUCAUCGGCGUUCAGCUGUGGGCGGGGCUCCUGCGAAACCGCUGCUAUCCGGAGGAGAACCUCACACUUUCCAGCGGUGUUUCUCUUCCGGCUCCAUACUACGCUCUGGAUGAGGAGGACGAGCGGCCCUUCAUCUGCUCUCUGCCGCAGGAUAACGGCAUCAUGUCCUGCGGGGACGUACCAGCGCGCCGUCUGGCCGGACACCAGUGCUGUCUGGAUGUGGACGACCUGCUGCACCAUCAGGCCCUGGGCAUCCUGCUCGAACCCGUGCACCAUCAGGCCCCUGGGAUCCUGCUCGAACCCGUGCUCAACACCAGCGCCGUCCCGCCCGGCCUGUGUGUGAACUGGCACCAAUACUACACACGCUGCCACACCGGACACAAAAACCCACACAAAGGAGCCAUCAACUUCGACAACAUCGGAUACGCCUGGAUCGUCAUCUUUCAGGUCAUUACUCUGGAGGGCUGGGUGGAGAUCAUGUAUUAUGUGAUGGAUGCUCACUCCUUCUACAACUUCCUCUAUUUUAUUCUGCUGAUUAUAGUGGGCUCGUUCUUCAUGAUAAACCUGUGUCUGGUGGUGAUCGCGACGCAGUUUUCGGAGACGAAACAGCGCGAGCACCAGCUGAUGCAGGCGCAGAGAGCGGUCCGUGGCUCCUGCAGCACUCUCAGCUCCAUGGCGGAGGCUGGAAACUGCUACGAGGAGAUCUUCCAGCUGCUGUGCCACGUGCUGCGCAAGAGCCGCCGCCGCUGCCUCACACUGCUCUGCCGCGCACACACACAGCGCAGCCAGAACACACACCAGAACCAGAGCAAAACUAACAUCAACGGCGGAGAGAAGUGUCUACAGACGCAGGGUGAGGAGGGAGCUGUGGAGCUAAAAACUGUCUUAUUACCACAACAUGAUGUAGGACUGCGGUUUUCCCCGCCCACCAAAUUGAUUGACAGGCGCAUAUUAACCGGUCUCCAUGAUGAAGCCACACCCACCACCUUAGCAGCCAAUCAGGAGCCUGAGGAGGUGGCGGCCAAGGAGGCAGACAGCUGUGAGAAGGCGGCGGAGGAGGAGGGGGCGUGUCAGAGGCGGAGCCGAGAGCUGUGGAUGCAAAUGAGGGUCAAACUGUGGGGGAUCGUGGAGAGCAAAUACUUCAAUAGAGGAAUCAUGGUGGCCAUACUGAUCAACACCAUCAGCAUGGGGAUAGAGCACCACCAACAGCCAGAGGAGCUCACUAAUGUCCUGGAGAUCAGUAAUAUUGUCUUCACCAGUAUGUUUGCUCUGGAGAUGGUCCUGAAACUGACUGCGUUCGGCUGCUUUAAUUACCUGCGCAACCCCUACAACAUCUUUGAUGGAGUCAUCGUCAUCAUCAGUGUGUGUGAGAUCGUGGGUCAGUCUGACGGCGGUCUGUCCAUCCUGCGCACGUUCCGGCUGCUGCGAGUGUUAAAGCUGGUGCGCUUCAUGCCAGCGCUGCGCAGACAACUGGUGGUGCUGAUGAAGACCAUGGACAACGUGGCCACUUUCUGCAUGCUGCUGAUGCUCUUCAUCUUCAUCUUCAGUAUUCUGGGAAUGCAUAUAUUUGGCUGUAAGUUCAGUCUGAAGAAUGAUUCUGGAGACACGAUUCCGGACCGCAAGAACUUUGACUCUCUGCUGUGGGCCAUCGUCACUGUGUUUCAGAUCCUGACGCAGGAGGACUGGAACGUGGUCCUGUAUAACGGUAUGGCCUCCACGUCUCCUCUGGCCGCUCUGUAUUUCGUGGCUCUGAUGACGUUCGGGAAUUAUGUGCUGUUUAAUCUGCUGGUGGCCAUACUGGUGGAGGGCUUUCAGGCCGAGGGAGACGCCAAUCGCUCAUACUCUGAUGAUGAUGAUGAUGAUGAAGAGGGAUCAUCCUGUAAUGCAAGUGAAAAGCACAAAGACUCGCUCACGUUCUCUGACCCGAAGCUGCCCUCGCUCACUCCUAACGGGCAUCUGGAGCUGGAGCCGCUGGCAGAGGAGAAACCCAGGAUCAGCUUCUCUGAGCAGAACCACCGCAGACGCACUAUCUGCCUGGGCAGGAGAUCCUCCUCUCUGCGCCACAGCCGCAGUUCCCACUACCAUAACUGGGGUCGUCCUCCUCCACCUCAGGCAUCCUGGAGCCGCCGCUGCAGCUGGAACAGUGCAGGUCGUUCUGGCCGGGGUCUGAGGGCCGCAGGGGUCAUAGGGGGCAGUUUGAGGGUCCGCAGUGUCCACUCUCACCCCGCGGAGCACCAGUCUCUGCUCCCACACUCUCUUCUGCUGUCCCGCCUGGACCGCCGCGCCCUCUCUCUGGAGCUGCCGGAGGUCCUGCAGCGCCCCCCUCUGGCCAGAAAGAAGAGCACGUCUGAUGAGCACCAGGACUGUAACGGGAAGACCCCGGGCCCUCAGGGGCCACUGCUGGCGGAGAUCUACCCUCAGCUCAACGCACGCAAAGACAAGAAGGACCUGGAGGAGGACACUGAAUACAGCCUGUGUUUCAGGAUCCAGAAGAUGAUGGAGGUGUAUCGUCCAGACUGGUGUGAGAAGAGAGAAAACUGGUCCAUUUACUUAUUUUCCCCUCAGAACAAGUUUCGUCUGAUGUGUCAGGCUGUCAUCGCUCAUAAACUCUUUGACUAUGUGGUUCUUGCGUUCAUCUUCCUCAACUGCAUCACAGUGGCUCUGGAAAGGCCCAGAAUCCAUCAGGGAAGCCUGGAGCGAGUCCUCCUCACCAUCUCCAACUAUGUGUUCACUGCCAUCUUUGUGGCUGAGAUGACGGUCAAGGUGGUGUCGAAGGGUCUGUAUCUGGGCGAGCGGGCGUAUCUGCGCAGCAGCUGGAAUAUUCUGGACGGGUUUCUGGUGUUUGUGUCUCUGGUUGACAUUGUGGUGUCGAUGGCGGGUGGAGCCAAGAUCCUGGGGGUCCUGAGGGUGCUGAGGCUGCUGCGGACGCUUCGCCCACUCAGGGUGAUCAGUCGAGCUCCAGGCCUGAAACUGGUGGUGGAGACUCUGAUCACGUCGCUGAAGCCCAUCGGGAACAUCGUCCUCAUCUGCUGCGCUUUCUUCAUCAUCUUUGGCAUUCUGGGGGUUCAGCUCUUCAAAGGGAAGUUCUAUUACUGUGUUGGUCUGGAUGUGAGAAAUGUCACCAAUAAAUCCGACUGUCUCUCCGCCAAUUACCGCUGGGUUCAUCACAAGUACAACUUUGACAACCUGGGGCAGGCUCUGAUGUCUUUGUUUGUGUUGGCGUCUAAAGAUGGAUGGGUAAAUAUCAUGUACCACGGACUCGACGCCGUCGGCAUCGACCAGCAGCCGGUCAUCAACCACAACCCCUGGAUGCUGCUGUACUUCAUCUCGUUCCUGCUGAUCGUCAGCUUCUUCGUGCUCAACAUGUUUGUUGGUGUGGUGGUGGAGAACUUCCACAAGUGCCGUCAGCAUCAGGAGGUGGAGGAGGCGCGCCAGCGGGAGGAGAAGCGCCUCAAACGCAUGGCCAAGAGGAGGCGCAAGGCUCAGUUUGCGCCGUAUUACGCCUCGUACGGUCGUGUUCGUCUGAUGAUCCACUCCUUCUGCACCAGUCAUUAUCUGGACCUCUUCAUCACCCUCAUCAUCUGCGUUAAUGUGGUCACCAUGAGUCUAGAGCACUACGACCAACCACAGUCUCUGGAAACCACGCUCAAGUACUGCAAUUAUUUCUUCAGCUGCACGUUUGUGAUCGAGGCGACGCUGAAGCUGGUGGCGUUCGGCUUCAGACGCUUCUUUAAGGACAGGUGGAAUCAGCUGGAUCUGGCGAUUGUUCUGUUGUCUGUGAUGGGAAUCAUUCUGGAGGAGAUUGAAAUAAGCGCUUCACUUCCCAUCAAUCCCACCAUCAUCCGCAUCAUGAGGGUCCUGCGCAUCACCCGCGUUCUGAAGCUGUUAAAGAUGGCCACCGGCAUGAGGGCUCUGCUGGAUACUGUGGUGCAGGCUUUACCACAGGUGGGGAAUCUGGGUUUGCUCUUCGUUCUGCUCUUCUUCAUCUACGCUGCGCUCGGUGUUGAGCUGUUUGGAGAACUGGUGUGUAAUGUGGAAUACCCGUGUGAAGGAAUGAGCCGGCACGCCACCUUCGAGAACUUCGGCAUGGCGUUCCUCACACUCUUCCAGGUUUCCACUGGAGACAACUGGAACGGCAUCAUGAAGGAUACGCUGCGUGAGUGUCCGCCGGGCGACAGCUCCUCCUGCAACUCCAGCCUGCAGAUCAUCUCUCCGCUGUACUUCGUCAGUUUCGUGCUGACGGCGCAGUUCGUGCUGAUUAACGUGGUGGUGGCGGUGCUGAUGAAGCAUCUGGACGACUCUAAUAAAGAAGCGCACGAGGACGCCGAGAUGGAGGCGGAGAUGGAGGCGGAGCUGGCCCAGGGUGGACUCUGCUGUCUGGGUCGUUUGGACCGUUUGACCACGACUGAUGCUGGAGAGAAAAGCGGCUGCGGGAACAGACAGGCGGCCACGGCGGCGGUGCACAACAACCAGAGCGCGCACACACCGCGCACAAGCACACAACACACACUGCAGCAGAGGAGACUCUACUCACCCGCACAGGAGAACCAGUGGCUGGAGAGCGUCUCUCUGCUGAUGAAGGACUCUCUGGAUGGAGAAAUGCAGAUGAUUGAUAAUCUGUCCGGCUCAGUGUUCCACCAUUACUGCUCUCCACCAAUCAGACGAGACGGCAGGAGCCAAUCAGGAGAGCAGAUCCGGCUGGCAGAGGUGGAGCAGACGUCUCUGAUGUCAGAGCAGCUGUCUGAUAAAUCCUCUUCACCCGCUCUGCCUGAUGACAUCAGUCUGGAUGAACACAGCGACUGCCAACUGCUGGACACAGACUGGAAGGAGGAGCAGGGCAGCAGUGAGAUUUUGAGUCCACUGACGGACAGACGGUCGACUCUUCAUCUCCAUUCUCCAGUUGAUUUCACAAAGCCCUACUGA